UCUCUACUCCGCCUGGGCCUUGUCUUCCUCCCUCUCUCCCUUCAUGGCAGCGGCGGCGGCGGCGGCGGCAUCGACGCCGCAGGGGGUGGCUGAGCGGCGGGGAAUCCCGGCGGCGGCCUUCGUCGAGGACGUCGAGGCCUACCUCCGCCAGGCCGGCCUCGACGUGAACUCCGCCCUCGCCUUCCUCCAGGAAAGGCUACAGCAGUACAAAAUAGUGGAGAUGAAGCUUCUAGCACAACAAAGAGAUCUUCAGGCGAAAAUUCCUGAUAUAGAGAAAUGCUUGGACAUUGUUGCAGCACUACAGGCUAAGAAGGCUUUGGGUGAGGCACUUGUAGCUGAUUUCGAACUAUCCGAGGGGAUAUACUCGCGUGCAAAAAUUGAAGAUACCGACUCUGUGUGCCUGUGGUUGGGUGCAAAUGUGAUGCUGGAAUACUCCUGCGAUGAGGCCAAUGCCCUCUUGAAAAAGAACUUGGAAAAUGCCAAGGCUAGCUUAGAAGUCCUUGUUGCCGAUCUUCAGUUCUUGAGAGACCAGCAAACCAUCACUCAGGUUACAAUUGCACGGGUAUUCAACUGGGAUGUGCACCAACGGAGAAGCAAGCAGGCUGUAAAAGAAACUUGAUCGGUUAUUUCACGAGGCUAGACAGUGAGAUUGGGACUUCUUUUUUGUACUUUUUGCUACCCCUGGCAGAUUAGUCCAUCAUAGAGUGUUGAUGGUUCCAUCGCCGUGUAACAGUGUGCCCCGUUUAUUCUGUUUUAUUAUGUUGUGGGAACUCCAUUAGAAGAAGAUGAUACUUUACUGCAUGCCCAUGUUCUGGCUUGAUGGAGCUCCAUUCUGGUUUGAGAAAGUACUUUGCCAUU